ACGUCACUGGGCUGUAAUAUCUUGUCAACUUCACAAUGAGGAAGUAAAUUGCUACAAGCAAUUGUGUGAUCAUGUAAGCAGCUAGCACCUCUCAUUGGAUGUACAUGCCAUCGUAUCCAAAAUGAAUCUUGGAUCAAGGUUCUGCCGCUUCCUGCUCCUCUUGUUGGCCUGUACGAUACAAACAUUCAGCGAUGGAAAGAAUCAUGUUACACCUGCUGGAACUCCUGGAAAGGUAGAAAAUCUUCACAUCGAUCACAUACAAGACAAUUUUACGAGUGUGGAAGUCUUCUUCUCCUGUCAAAACGAAACCGAAAGACACGGCGACAUAAAAUACUACUUACUGUCGUAUGAAGCUCAGCGAGAACAUAACCACAACGUGACAGAAAAUACCCAAGGAUUAAACAUUUUAGCUGAACCUGAGUCGAACUGUAACUACUCCCGGGUUGUACCCAUCACAGCACAAGUACACUACAUGUUCUCGGUCCGUGCAUUUAACAAAUACAAUGGAACCGUUUCUGAAAAGAAUUAUACCACGCUUACUGGAGCGUCCGGCCCUGUGGCUAGUUUGGAUGUACUGAGUACAACGGCAGAUUCCAUCAGUAUACAGUGGACCAGGCCAUCACUUCCAAAUGGCAACAUCCUUGGGUAUCUGAUAAACGUUAGAUCGGACGGUAAACAUGAAAGAGUUAUAAAUGUGACCUGUGACCAGCCUUGGGGCGGCGACAAACAGAACUGUAAAGCAACGGACACUUCAAACACGAAGAGUGCUCCUGUUGUCCUCCAAGACAGAAAUGUGCUGUAUGACUACUACAUUGAAACCUUACAUUCCUACACUAACUACACAAUAGCUAUAUCUUGUGUCAACAUAAACGGAACAGGGGAGGGGAGGAACAUCACAGUCCAAACCAACAUGACCGCAGUUGCAUCACCGCCAAAGGGGUUGCAGGCCUUUGUGAACAGCUCCUCAAGUGUGACCCUGUGCUGGACCCCCGCCGACCACCAGGACGGACCCACUACCUAUUACAUUACAGUAGGGGAAGAGACCAGCCUGAACUCACAUACCUUCCAAGACAAAGAGUAUGUCACUGUCAGUGGUUUUCAAAAUACAUGCGUCUUGGUUGAGGGUCUCCUGAGUUACUGGAAGUACACCUUCAACAUAACAGCAGCUACUCCAGUUGGCAACUCAAGUGUCGUGUCUCUGAACGGAACUGUCAGGACAAACGAAUCAGCUCCUGGAAAGGUAGAGAAUCUUCACAUCGCUCAGAUUCCAGACAACUUCACGAGUGUUGAAGUCUUCUUCUCCUGUCCCAAAGAAACAGAACGACACGGCGACAUACAAUAUUACAUACUGUCGUAUGAUGCUCAGCGAGAACAUAAUCACUACGUGACAGAAAAUCCCCAAGGAUUAAACAUUUCAGCUCAGUCGAACUGUAACUACUCAUGGGUUGUACCCGUCACAGCACAAGUAGACUACAUGUUCUCGGUACACGCAUUCAACAAAUACAAUGGACCCGUUUUCGAAAAGAAAUAUACCACGCUUACUGGAGCGUCUGGUCCCGUGGCUAGUUUGGAUGUAUCGAAUACAACGGCACAUUCCAUCACUGUUCGGUGGACCAAGCCAUCACUUCCAAAUGGCAACACCCUUGGGUAUCUGAUGAACGUUAUAUCCGGCGACAAACAUGACAGAGUUAUAAAUGUAACCUGUGACCAGUCUACGGAAGACAGAAAGCACGAAUUUAAAGUAGUUGACACUUCAAAUACGAAGAGUGCCGCUGUUGUCAACCAAGACGGAAAUAAGCAAUAUGACUACAAUAUUACAGCCUUACUGUCUUAUACUGACUACACAAUAGUAAUAUCCUGUGUUAACAUAAACGGAACAGGGGAGGAGAGGAACACCUCUGUUCAAACAAACAUGACUGUUCCAUCACAACCAAUGGUGUUGCAGGCCUUUGUGAACAGCUCGUCGAGUGUGACCCUGUGCUGGACCCCUGCCGACCACCAGGACGGACCCACUACCUACUACAUUAAAGUAGGGGAAGAGACGAGCCUGAACUCACAUACCUUCCAAGAGAAAGAGUAUGUCACUGUCAGUGGUUUUCAUAAUACAUCCGUCUUGGUUGAGGGUCUCCGGAGUUACUGGAACUACAACUUCAGCAUCACAGCAGCUACUCCAGUUGGCAACUCAAGUGUCGUGUCUCUGGAAGGAAAUGUCCGGACAAAUGAAUCAGUUCCUGGAAAGGUAGAAAAUCUUCACAUCGCUCAGAUUCCAGACAACUUCACGAGUGUUGAAGUCUUCUUCUCUUGUCCCAAUGAAACCAAACGUCACGGCGACAUACAAUAUUACACACUGUCGUAUGAUGCUCAGGGAGAAUAUAAUCACAACGUGACAGAAAAUCCCCAAGGAUUAAACAUUUCAGCUGAGUCGAACUGUAACUACUCACGGGUUGUACCCGUCACAGCGCAAGUAGACUACAUGUUCUCGGUACACGCAUUCAACAUAUACAAUGGAACCGUUUCCGAAAAGAAUUAUAUCACGCUUACUGGAGCGUCUGGUCCCGUGGCUAGUUUGGAUGUAUCGAAUACAACGGCACAUUCCAUCACUGUUCGGUGGACCAAGCCAUCACUUCCAAAUGGCAACAUCCUUGGGUAUCUGAUAAACGUUACAUCCGGCGACAAACCUGACAGAGUUAUAAAUGUAACCUGUUACCGGUCUACGGAAGACAGAAAGCACGAAUUUAAAGCAGUUGACACUUCAAAUACGAAGAGUGCCGCUGUUGUCAACCAAGACGGAAAUAAGCAAUAUGACUACAAUAUUACAGCCUUACUGUCUUAUACUGACUACACAAUAGUAAUAUACUGUGUUAACAUAAACGGAACAGGGGAGGAGAGGAACACCUCUGUUCAAACAAACAUGACUGUUCCAUCACAACCAAAGGUGUUGCAGGCCUUUGUGAACAGCUCGUCGAGUGUGACCCUGUGCUGGACCCCUGCCGACCACCAGGUAGGACCCACUACCUACUACAUUAAAGUAGGGGAAGAGACGAGCCUGAACUCACAUACCUUCCAAGAGAAAGAGUAUGUCACUGUCAGUGGUUUUCAUAAUACAUUCGUCUUGGUUGAGGGUCUCCGGAGUUACUGGAAGUACAACUUCAGCAUCACAGCAGCCACUCCAGUUGGCAACUCAAGUGCCGAGUCUCUGAACGAAGCUGUCAGGACAGACGAGUCAGCUCCUGGAAAGGUAGAGAAUCUUCUCAUCGCUCAGAUUUCAGACAACUUCACGAGUUUGGAAGUCUUCUUCUCCUGCCCCAACGAAACAGAAAGACACGGCGACAUUAAAUAUUACAUACUGUCGUAUGUUGCUCAGGUAGAAUAUACCAACAACGUGACAGAAAAUCAUCAAGGAUUGAACAUUUCUACUCGACCUGAGUCGAACUGUAACUACGCAAGGGUUGUACCCGUGACGGCAGAUGUAAACUACAUGUUCUCGGUUGUAGCUCAUGAUUCGUAUGCUGGGAAUGAAACAACUGAAUAUUAUUUUGCAAACGUUGGGCAGCCAGGGAGUGUAUCAGAUUUCACGAACACGUCCACCACCAGCAGCUCCAUCAGUCUGUCCUGGAAGCCUCCCAGAUUUCCCAAUGGCUUUAUCCUGGGAUAUGUCCUGUAUGUCCACACAGAAGACGGGGCGUGUCAGCAGGCUGUGCACAUUGUCUGUACUGACUGCCAGUCUCAUGGAACCAUCAGAGUAGGGGAUGAAAUGUGUCGUAUUUCCCGACAUGCCAGUGGACAAAGACCGGAAACGUCUCUCACCAACUACAACGUCACCUCCCUUUUGUCUUUUACUAACUACACCAUCACUGUGGCUGCUGUCAAUAACUUCAGCAUCGGGAAUAACGUUUUCCUUGCUAUACGGACAGACACUGAUGUCCCAGCGAUUCCAGGAAAUCUCUUUGUCACUGUGUUGAACGCAUCAGCAGUGGAGGUUACCUGGACACCCCCAGUUCACAAGUCCGGACCUAUGAAUUACACCAUCCUCGUACAGCAGGCUACGGGAAGACAAUCUUCAACGUUCGAGAACAUGGAAAACGUAACUGUAAACGGUUACGAUUCAUCUGAAAGAACCAUCGAGGGUCUGUUGAGUUCAUGGAGGUACAUGUUCAACAUUACAGCCCGAACAGCCAAAGGAGAUUCCCUUCCUGUUGUCUCAGGAAGUUACAUUCUCACUCAGGAAUCCAAGCCUGGUGAAGUACAGAAUUUGAACGUUUCAUCAAUUCCUGACAACUUUACGGCUGUAAACCUCACCUGGGACUGUCCCAAGGAAAGAGAAAGGAACGGAUUUAUAAAAAAUUACACCAUACAGUAUUCGGGUCCGGGAGCGGUACCUAUGGUGUAUGGCCACUAUGAACCUGAGGAUCCGUGUGAUAAUACUCAUACAGCCAUAUUACCAGUACGGCCAGAACACAACUACACAUUCAAAGUUUUCGCAAAUGCAGCAUAUCAAGGCAGUCAGAGGUUGUCACAUGUGUACAACAGUGUUGCCAGCAGACCUUCUCUGAAGCCUGCCUCUGACAUAUUCGUCAGUACAAACGCCCUGACAAGCUCUACUGACACGUCUGUUACUGUAACAUUUAAUGUACAUCUCCUCACGGACACUUCAAACGGAGAAAUCAUUGCUGCAGGAAUUCUGGUAUUGAAGAAUCAAGAUGAACCUAAACGCCCAGACGAUUUAAGGGCCUGGAACACAUGGAAUAACUGGUAUAAAUGGCGAGAAAAUGGCUUCAAGGGAUCCUACUGACCGUCACCGCAUAACCUGGCACACAACAGACACAGGAGGGGCGUUAAACAGGGCAGCACAAUCAACGAGGACCUGUAUUCUUAUGUGGUCGGAGAAGAAAGUAAUUGUGAAAAGGAGCCCUACAUAUUCUGCAAUGGACCUCUGGAACCAGCAACCGUAUACAUGGUUAUAGGCGUGGCUUGUACACAAACAGGAUGUUCAUCGACUGAUAUGUUCGGUCACUUCAAAACGAAAGAUCUUAGCCAUGGGGCUGACAAAGAUGUCACACCAUGGAUCAUCGCCUUUGGAGUGAGCACCGCUAUCCUGCUUUGUGUCAUCAUAAUCCUUGUCUUAUAUUUUAAGGUUGUUCAACCAGCCAAGACACUGAGGUCACGGGGAGAAGGCAAUGCAUUAGAGAUGGCCAUUCGAGGUGAAGACGGUACAGGGCAGAGAGAAGACACUCCUUACGAUGAAGUAGGAUGUGGAUCUGCCAGCGACAACCCUAAUGCCUUAGCGACUACAUGUUAUGAGAAUGUAGAUAUCAGAAAACAAGAGACGUAUGAAUCGUUGACUAAUCAAGUAGAUGACCAAAACAUGCAUUUGUACGACACUAUGCAGGCACGAUUGUGAAUAUAAAGUUGGCAUGUACUCGCUUCAAAUAACAAUGCAGCUACAUUUUAUGAUUUGAGGUACAAAUUGCUUUCAUCAAAUUGGUAAAACACUUUGCUCUUUACUCUGGAGACCAUCAGUUCAACUUUACAAAAGCUCAUACAAACCUACUCAUUGUCAAAUGCUGCAAUAAUUUAUGCACAUAUGGAUCCGGACACUACAUCCGGAAAAUAUCCUGAAUAUUAUCCUGAAAAUAAAAAAGUGUUACAAUA